UCGAUAUACUGAUACAUUCUCAACAACCCUAAUAAAUACAAACAAUUUCGGCUGCACGACAAAAUUUAAAUUUCAAGUUAAGCCUUCGAAGUUAUAUUCGACUGACUGGCGAGUUAAUCUGCUGAAAUGAAUAUAAAUCUGCCAAACUUCAAUGUUAAGAACCUGGUGAAGGAGGCGGGCAGCACAAUCUCUCGAGUGGUGCAGCUGACAGAGGAAAAGCUCGGCACCACAGAGCGCACCGAAUACGAUCUUCACUUCCAAAAUCUCGCCGAGCGGGCGGACGUUACCAAGACAUGGACGGAGAAGAUUGUCCGCGACACCGAAUCGGUGCUUAUUCCCAAUCCACAAAAUCGCGUCGAGGAUUUCAUCUUCGAAAAGAUCGAAAAAUCGAAGCCCAAGCGUCUGAGCAACCUGGAGCAUCUCGCCCUGGAUAUGAUCGAGGCCGGUGGGGACUUUGGUCAGGAUCUGCCCUAUGGACAGGCUCUGAUCAAGGUAGGCCAAGCGGAGCAAAAGUUGGGCCAGUGCGAACACGACUUUAUCGCCACCUCGGGCAUAUGCUUCACCCAGCCGUUGCGCAAAUUCCUCGACGGUGAGAUGAAGACCAUUAGCAAGGAGCGGGGCAUUCUGGAAACCAAGCGCCUCGACUUGGACGCCUGCAAGAACAGAGUUAAAAAGGCACGCAGCAUGCUUGGCCAGCAGUCGAAAGAUGGCAUCUCGCCAGAGGCCGUCUUGGAACAGGCCGAGCGCGAUUUACGGGUGGCCCAGGCCGAAUUCGAUCGCCAGUCAGAGAUAACGAAACUGCUGUUAGAUGGGAUCAGCACUUCGCAAGCUUCCCAUUUGCGUCACCUACACGCCUUCGUCCAAGCCCAGGUGCGGUAUUAUAAGCAAUGCGGCGACACCAUGGAACAGCUGCAGCGCGAGUUGGCCAACUUGGGAGGCCCCACACCAUACAUUCCGCUCGACUUGGGCGAUGCCAGCGGUAGCAAGUCUACCGGAUCCUCAGGUGGAUCCUCUGCCCGAGGCACAGGCCAUAACAGUGCCGCUAAUCCGGCCGCUUUUGGUAACAAGCCCAGUCAGCCCAUGCACGUCAGCACGGAUCAGAUGCAGCGAGCUCGCGUUCUUUGUUCCUAUGACGCCAAAGAUCACACUGAGCUAAACUUGAGCGCAAAUGAGGUGAUCUUCGUAACUGAAUGCUCACCCGUAAACGAGGACUACAUGUACGGAAAACAGGGUCUGAUGAAGGGUCUCGUGCCACGCGCUUUUGUAGAGAUGCUUGAUGAGGAGCACGACAUCACCCUUUAAUCCCUCCAGUUCGAGCAGCAGUAAUCAAUCAAUAAUCUCAACCAAGUAUAAUAAACAAGAGAAAUACUCCAAUUUAAAAUACCGAAAUACUCGAAAACGGAGAACGGGAAUGAUGAGCAGGGAACGGCAAUGGACAAUUAUAAGAUGCGGCCGGACUGGCAUUUGGCACUAGCAAGAGAGUACAAUAAUUUAUCAGAAUAUACAUUAAUAUACAUACAUAUAAAGAAGGCAUGAACAUCAAUAUUGUUACAUAAAGUAUUUUAGGCCUCGUUAAUCCUUUACCCCUAUACCCGGAAAAGACAUGUCGCUCACGUGCACAGAUCGCGCGCAUUGCUAUUAUUAAUAAACAUAAUUUUCUGCUGCCUGUCGAGCUAGAUUUUAACAAAAUUUUCAAGCUUAUUAUACUACUUAUGACAUAUCUUAAAGAAAGAGCAAUUGUUAUUUAAAUAAGCUUCUCACCACACUCAAAAGUAUUAUAAUUGUGUUAUGUUUGUCUCCAUCUUAGUUAACAAACGAAAUUUACAGUGCUUUACCAAUAUAUAUCCUAUAUUUAUACGUAUGAGAUUGUUACUCCAGUUACUAUUUAUAUUCAGCGAAGGCGUUUCCAAUAUAAGCUAAUUAGUAUCUAAUAUAACUACUUACUCUUACUCCUACCUUAAUGCUGCAAAUUUAUUCUGUUAAAAACCUUUAUGUGCAAUUUUGGAAAGUCAAUUAAUUGAAUAUUGCUUGUUAAACGUAAGAUAUACCCUAAAACACCAAUCCGAAAUUAGCGGUUAAAUGUUGCAAAAAAUAGGGCAAACGUACAAUACAAUAAUAAUGUAAACAACGACGAUUUUUAGGAAUUCAGCAAAGAAACAAUGUUGUAACAUUUAUUGAGCCUAAAAGUGCAUUUUAAAAACACCCAAAUUAUAUGAAAUAAAGAAAUAAUC